AUGGAUGUGGGCAACAGGUCCCAGCAUAACUCCAUGCUGCACCACAUGGAGCUGAGCCCUCUCACCAUGUACGUGGAGGAGAACGGAACCAACGCCACGGGCGGGGAGCCGAGCUCCCCGGGGUGCGUGCAGAUCCGCAUCCCCCAGGAACUCUUUCUGACGCUGGGACUCAUCAGCCUGGUCGAGAACAUCCUGGUGGUGCUGGCCAUCAUUAAGAACCGCAACCUGCACUCGCCCAUGUAUUAUUUCAUCUGCUGCCUGGCCGUCUCCGACAUGCUGGUGAGCGUGAGCAACGUCGUGGAGACGAUAUUCAUGCUCCUCAACGACCACGGCCUGCUGGACGUGCACCCGGGCAUGCUGCGCCACCUGGACAACGUCAUCGACGUCAUGAUUUGCAGCUCCGUCGUGUCGUCGCUGUCCUUCCUGUGCACCAUCGCCGCGGACCGCUACAUCACCAUCUUCUACGCGCUGCGGUACCACAGCAUCAUGACCACGCAGCGCGCCGUGGCCAUCAUAGCGCUGGUCUGGCUGGUCAGCCUCACGUCCAGCACGCUCUUCAUCGUCUACCACACCGACAACGCCGUCAUCGUGUGCCUCAUCACCUUCUUCUGCGUCACCCUCGUCUUCACCGCCGUGCUUUACCUGCACAUGUUCAUCCUGGCGCACGUGCACUCGCGGCGCAUCAUGGCCUUCCACAAGAGCCGCCGGCAGGCCACCAGCAUGAAGGGCGCCAUCACGCUCACCAUCCUGCUCGGGGUCUUUAUCCUCUGCUGGGGGCCCUUCUUCCUCCACCUCAUCCUCAUCCUCACUUGCCCCACCAGCCCGUUCUGCAACUGCUUCUUCCGAAACUUCAACCUCUUCCUCAUCCUCAUCAUCUGCAACUCGCUGAUCGACCCGCUCAUUUAUGCCUACCGGAGCAAGGAGCUGCGCAAAACGCUGAAGGAGUUGGUGCUGUGCUCCUGGUGCCUUGGUGUGUGA